AUGACCGACAAACUCCCAGGAAACUUGUUAGCCCUCUUCCAACCCCGACCUCCACUACGUUACCUUCAACCUGCCGACCAUGCUCCGGAACAUCGCAAAACCGCGCCGAUAUCCGGUGUCGCACAGUUUCUGGAGGAGCUGAGAAACCCCGAUCCGGAUUUUAUGCCAACAGAGAGCUGGCUGCUGGCGAGGGACCGUAAGAAGAGGGAAAAAUUAGAGAACCAAGAGCGGACAUUAAAGCAAGGAGCAGAGAAUUACAACCCAGGAGAGGACCCACACAUUCGCGGGGAUCCAUACAAGACACUUUUCGUGUCGCGUUUAAGCUAUGACGUUAAAGAACAGGAUCUAGAACGAGAAUUUGGACGAUUCGGGCCUAUUGAUAGGAUCCGACUCGUCCGAGACAAAGAAUCGAAGAAGCCACGAGGAUAUGCAUUUAUAUUAUUUGAGAGAGAGAAAGACAUGAAGGCUGCUUUCAAAGAAACCGAUGGUAUGCGAAUCAAAGACCGACGAAUAAGCGUUGAUGUCGAACGCGGCCGAACUACUAAGGGAUGGAAGCCACGACGACUUGGUGGAGGGCUUGGUGGACGCGGAUAUACUAAGAUUCCAGCGGCACGACCCACUGGACCUUCUGGGUUCGGGGGCAGUGGAUUCGGAGGUUUCCGAGGUGGACACGGUGGAUUCAGAGGUGGCGGCGGUGGCUUUGGAGGUAGGAAUUUCGAUCGUGGCCCCCCUCGUGGUGGGCAGUUCGGGCACCGAGGCGUCGGAUUUCAAGGUGGCAAUGCACCAUCCAAUGCGCCGUCCGGCCCAUCUGGUCGAAACUUUGGAAACGCGCCUACCGGCCCUGGUGGGUAUGACCGAGGCCCACCACGUGGUGGUCAUGAUGAUCGUGGACACCGUGACCGUAUGAAUGGUGAUUCGCGAGGCGGCGGCGGCGGCGGCGGCGGUGGUGGUGGAAGAGAUAGGUUUGACGACCGACGAGAGCGUGAUGGUGGUGGUGGUGGCGGCGGUGGCGGUGGUGGUGGGUAUAGCGGCAGAUAUGACGAUUCGCGAAAGCGAGGAUACGAAGGAGGAGAAUCUGGAGGAGACCCUCGACGCCGAAGAUAUUAG